GGCCUGAGGAGCGCGCAGUGUGCUUUCUGCUGAAGCUUCUUCUAGAUUUCAGCAUGGAGGAAAUUUAUGCUAAGUUCGUGUCUCAGAAAAUUAGCAAAACUCGCUGGCGACCAGUGCCUUCUGGGAGCCUGCAGACCGCAGAGACCUUCGCUACGGGCUCCUGGGACAAUGAGGAAAACUGCGUUUCACUGUGGUCUAUUGGAGAUUUUGGAAAUCUGGAUCCUGACGGAGGGUUCGAAGGAGACCAUCAAUUACUGUGCGAUAUCAGACAUCAUGGUGAUGUCAUGGAUUUGCAGUUUUUUGACCAGGAAAGAAUUGUAGCUGCUUCGUCAACAGGGUGUGUAACAGUGUUUCUUCACCAUCCAAAUAACCAGACUCUGUCAGUCCAUCAGCAGUGGCCCGCAGCUCACCACCACUCGGGUCCUGGCAGCCCUUCCUAUAGCAGGGCACCAUGUACAGGGAUUGUGUGCGACAACCCAGAAAUUGUUACUGUUGGAGAGGAUGGUCGAAUAAAUCUCUUCAGAGUUGAUCAUAAGGAGGCUGUAAGAACUAUAGAUAAUGCCGACAGCAGUACACUCCAUGCUGUAACCUUCCUUCGAACUCCUGAGAUUGUUACAGUAAACUCAAUUGGACAGUUAAAAAUAUGGGAUUUCAGACAACAAGGAAGUGAGCCCUGUCAGAUAUUGUCACUGACUGGUGACCGAGUACCACUUCACUGUGUUGACAGACAUCCCAACCAGCAGCAUGUUGUAGCUACUGGUGGCCAGGACGGGAUGUUGAGUAUCUGGGAUGUUAGACAAGGGACCAUGCCCGUGUCUUUACUUAAGGCUCAUGAGGCUGAAAUGUGGGAGGUUCACUUCCACCCAUCCAACCCGGAGCAUCUGUUUACUUGUUCUGAAGAUGGGUCCCUUUGGCAUUGGGAUGCCUCCACAAAUGGACCAGAAAAGUCUUCUCUCUUUCAUCAAGGAGGAAGAAGUACUUUCCUGUCUCAUAGCAUAAGUAACCAGGCCAGUGUUCACCAGUCUCUAAUAAGUUCCUGGCUCAGCACAGAUCCUGCCAAAGACCGCAUUGAAAUCACAAGCUUGCUUCCCAGCAGGACUCUAUCUGUAAACAGUUUGGAUGUUUUAGGUCCCUGUCUUGUUUGUGGGACUGAUGCAGAAGCUAUUUAUGUUACCAGACAACUAUUUUCAUGAAAGUAUAAGAACCCAAAGUUAUCCACUCCAUCAUGUGCAAAGUCCAGUCAUAAGGAAGUGUCGUAUUUGCAAGGAAACAGUAAACUGUUGCUAAUGUCA